AGAAAAUAUGAGUAUUUCAUUAAUGCUCCGAUAAAAUAUGUAUUUUUCGGGCUUUACGCCCAUUUAAUCUUUAUUUUUUUAUUUGUAAAAUAAUUUAAAAAUAACAAAAAUCACUGAAAUAUGUCUUCAUCGAAAAAAGAAGAAAAAGAAGAUCACAGAACUGUACAAUUUGAAAAUUUACCUGAUGUUAUAUUAUUUAAGAUCUUCAGUUAUCUAUUUAUUGGGGAUCUUUGUCGUGCUGGAAGGGUGUGUUUAAGAUGGUAUCAUUUAACUCGAUGCCAAGUUCUGUGGAAAUAUGUAGAUGCACACGAUAUGCAGUUAACUUCAUAUCAGGUGCAGAAGCUGGUUCCCAUUCUACCAUCCUGUGUUAUGUACUUAAGAAUCUGUAGCCUUUCUACCCAACAACGAAUUCCAUUUUUGUCUCCUCACACGGCUAUAGAAAUAAGAGAACGAUGCCCACAUUUAAAAACACUGAUCAUAGAGAGUGCUUUUAUUGCUAAGCAUGUUCAUUUUACAGAUAUUACUGUGGAGGAUUUGCCACAAAAGCUGUCAGUUCUAUCAUUGCGCAAAUCAUUCUUCCAUACUGACCAAUUCUUCUGCAGUGUAAGUCAUCCAACUGUUCCAAAAAUCAAAGUGUUAGACUGUAGUUCUUGCUGGUGUCUGAGUGAUAAUGACAUACCCUUUUUUUCAAGGCUUAGUGAUUUGCAAGAGAUUUACCUUGCAAAUUGUCAAAUUUCUGAUGCAGGUGUGGUGACUCUUCUCAAAAGUGUUGAGAACCUCAAAGUUCUUGAUGUGGAAAACACUAAUAUUGGAGGUCAAACUAUUUUAUCAUUAAGUCAGAAUUGCAGUUCCCUAGAAAAACUUUUUAUUGGAAAUACUCAAGUGACAGAUGAUCAUUUGUGUUAUAUCCAAAGUAACUCUCUUCCCGUUUUACAAAUAAUUUGUCUUCGAAAAACACAUGUGAGCUGUGUUGGUUUGCGUUACCUGGUAUCUUGCUUGCAAACUUUGAAAUAUAUGACUGUAUCAACUUGUAAUAUUGCUUCAGAUUGUGCAUUAGAAUUAAGUUUACAUUGUUCCAUGAAAAAGCGAUUAAAAUUUGAAACCAAUGAUGAAACUGGAUUAGAAUUUUGUGAUCACUUUUUAUCAAGAAAUAGUCAGUUAGAAAUUUAAUUGCUUUUUUUGGUAGAAAAACAUUUUAUAAAUAUAUCAGAAUGUUUCAUUUAUAUUGAAACUGAGAUAUUUUGUGAUAUUUAGUUUAUGUUUUUAUCAUUUUUUAAAAAUUUCUUUAAAUAUUAUGCUGUUUGUACUUUAUAUGAAUUAAAUGCCACCUUUUCAAUUCACAUUUUUAGAUGAAUGAAGAAAUUAUAGUUAAGCCAGAUAGAGUAAACAUGUUAAUAUAGCAUCAAUGUUUGAGGUAUGAUCCAUAUAGUUGCUUAGUUUUGUGUUAAAGCCAUUUAUGAACUUAUGAAUCGAAUUGACUCAUCUUAAGAAUAAUAUUGUAAUUUUUCAGUAAUUAAGUAUAAAACUGAUGCUGUUAAACCUUAGUGAUUUUAAAUCACAUUCCAAAUUUCGUACAUAGAUGAGUAUAAUAUUAUUUUAUGAAAUAUUUUUAAAGAGUAGGCAUUUUUUCCAUUUCUCAAAUGAUACACUUGUGCUUCUUAACAACAGUAAUGUAUCUAUUUACUAUUAUAGAAAAUUGCAGAUUUACAUUGAAAUUGCUUUAUAUCAAUUAAAAUGGAAAUCCAGGAAUACUGAU